CAAGUAGCAUCAAGCUAGCUACAAUAUUGCUAAUAACUUCCGGAGGACAAAUGUUACUCUUUCAAAUAGCGACGGGUGGGGUUUGUAUUCCGGUAUUUUAUCUACUUCCAUAAAGUCAUUCGUAUAUUCUUGUUUAACAUUCGCUCGGUACAGGAAUUUAUUAUUCAUAUUUAAAUAACAAUAGCACUUAAUUUACCAAAAAACUGCCCCGUUUCCGGUGUCGUCGUUGCUAAACCUGGCACUUGACUCAAGUCCCCAGAGUGUGACUUGUGACACUCCUCUCUCAGCAUGGAAAACACACCUCAGUGCAGCCUUUACCUCUAGAGAAACUUCCACAAUUUAAACUUCGGAUUAUGGAUUCGUCUACAAACAGUCUGGAUGACGCGUCGGCAGAUGGCAGCGCUGAGUUCCCAGACCGAGCUUCCAUGAUGGAGGUGCGUCUGCAGGCGCAGGAGGACGAGAUCACGCUGUUGAAAUCCUCAUUGGCUGAUGCCCUGCGCAGGAUCCGCCUCCAUGAUCAGCUCUUACCGUUACUGAAACAGCAGCUUAUUGCAGUGAACCCAGGUGCUGCUCGAGUGCUGAACCAGGUGUGCUGCUCAGAUGGUUGUACCAGCAGCAAAAGACUGUCCUCCACCUCAACCGUGGACGGGAUCCGCCAACCUGCUACCAGCCAACUGUCAGACAGCAUUGUGACCAAUGCGAACGGCCACAUAGGAAGCCCAAUGUCCAUGAAGCCGAGAACCAGAGCAGAGACACUGGACAGGUCCACUCAGACAGAACCCACCCUCCUGGGGCAGGGCACUGGGCAGGACAGGGUCCUCCUCUCCAGGCGGGUCCAGAGCCUGCAGCUGGAGGAUGCCCUCCUUCCAGGGGAGUCUCUGGCUGAGGGGACGCGGGCCAAGCUGCACCGCGUCCCCGGCUUGGAAGAGGAGGACGAUGAGCAGGAAGAAGAUGAAGACGGAGGAGGGGAGCAGGAGAAGGCGCUGAGUUGGGCGUCGUCAGUUGAGGAGCCUAUCCAGCCCACUACAAUCAGAGGCCUGCAGAGGGAAGACUUCCAGGAUGGAAGCUGCUCUCCAGAGGAGUCAGGCUCUGCUUCGCCCUUAGCCCGAACCCCAGACCAGAACCUCAGCCCUCGCUCGGGACCCCUAACCCCUAUCCAGGAAGGAGAGAAGAAACAGCUGGUUCGUAGAAACAGCGAGAAACUGGGGAACGCAGAGCGGCAGAGGAAACGCCUGGACAAGAAGGCGGCUUCCUCAGCCAACCUCCUCACCCGCUCCCCCAGCCUGGAGAACCGAGCGAAGGAGCUGGUGGCCAGUGCAGGAUCGCCCGGGUCCAGACGAGGAACCUACAGCCAAGGACAGUCGAUCAAAAUGUUCAUCCGAGGCCGGCCGAUAACCAUGUACAUCCCCUCUAACAUCCAGAACUAUGAAGACCUGAAGAUGGAGCCGCCCUCUGAGAGACUGGAGUUGGACUGGGUCUAUGGUUACCGGGGACGGGACUGCCGGGCCAACCUGUACUUUCUUCCAACGGGCGAGGCGGUGUACUUCAUCGCCUGCGUGGUUGUGCUUUACCACAUCAACAACCGCACACAACGCCACUACCGCAAACACACCGAUUGUGUCCGCUGUCUUACUCUCCAUCCUGACAAGGUGCGAGUGGCAUCUGGACAGACAGCAGGGGUGGACAAAGACGGCAAGCCUCUGCAUCCUUGUGUUCAUAUCUGGGAUUCCACCACCCUGGUCACCCUGCAGCAGAUCGGCCUGGGAACCUUCCAGAGGGGAGUGGGAUCCGUUGCAUUCUCCUUCGCUGACUCUGGAGCUUUUCUGUCUGCGAUUGAUGACUCCAACGAACACAUGCUGUCAGUGUGGGACUGCAACAAGGGGACAAAGCACGCAGAGGUCAAGAGUACCAACGAGGCGGUGUUCGCUGUGGAGUUUAACCCCAGCGACAGCACCAACAUCAUCACCUGCGGUAAAUCCCACGUCUACUUCUGGACGCUCAACGCAGGACAGUUCACCAAGAAACAAGGCAUCUUUGGAAAAUACAAGAAACCGAAGUUCAUCCAGUGCUUUGUGUUCAGUCUGACUGGAGACGUUCUGACCGGAGACUCUGAAGGAAACAUCCUGACUUGGGGCAAAUCUGCUGCAGAUGUCAAAACCCUCGGUAAAGGGGCCAAAGAGACUUUCCAGAUCAUGCGACAGACCAGAGCCCACGAAGGCAGCGUGUUCACCCUGUGCAACCUGCAGGGCGGCGCUCUGCUCAGCGGAGGAGGGAAAGACCGUAAGAUCAUCCGCUGGAGCGCCGACCUGGCACCUGAGAGAGAGUGUGAGAUUCCAGAAAAUUAUGGGGCAGUCCGCACCAUUGCAGAUAUUGAUGGGGAGGAACUUUUAGUUGGUACGACCCGCAAUGCCAUCCUCAGAGGCACCUUCUCAGAUGGAUUUGUGGCCAUAGUCCAGGGUCAUGUGGAUGAGAUGUGGGGGCUGGCUACACACCCCUCUCAGAACAUCUUUCUCACCUGUGGCCACGACCGGCAGGUGUGUUUGUGGAACACAGAGGAACACAAGCUUGACUGGAGCAUCACCCUGGAGGAGUAUGGGCUGUGCGCUGGUUUCUGCCCGAAUGGAUCAGUGGUUUCAGUCGGCCUCAGCACAGGAAGGUGGAUGGUCCUGGACCUUCUGACCAGAGAGGUGGUGUCUGAGUCCACCGAUGGCAACGAGCAGCUGUCUGUCAUGAGAUACUCACCAGACGGCAGCUUCUUAGCUGUUGGAUCUCAUGACAACUUCAUCUACAUCUACAAUGUGACCGAGAGUGGCCGGCGAUACACCCGCUUUGGGAAAUGUAAUGGUCACUCCAGCUUCAUAACUCACCUGGACUGGUCCAAAGAUGGAAAGUACAUCAUGUCCAAUUCAGGGGACUAUGAGAUCCUUUACUGGGACAUCGCAGCCGGCUGUAAGCUGCUGAGGAAUCGCUUUGAGAGCAAAGACAGAGAGUGGGCCUCCUAUACCUGCGUGCUGGGCUUCCACGUCAUGGGCGUGUGGUUGGAGGGCUCAGACGGCACGGACAUCAACGCCCUGUGUCGCUCCCACAGUGAGAGGAUGGUGGCUGUGGCCGACGACUUCUGUAAAGUCCACCUCUUCCAGUACCCCUGUCCCAAACCUAAGGCUCCGAGCCACAAGUACGAGGGCCACGGCAGCCACGUCACCAACGUGUGCUUUACCCACAGCGACUCCCACCUGCUGUCCAUGGGCGGGAAGGACACCUGCAUCCUGCAGUGGAGGGUGAUGGGAGGUGGGGCCAGCGACAGCAGGGAGAGGCUGGCCUCUGCCUCGUCCACCUCCACCAGCUCUCCAGAACCUGCCAGCGGCUAGCAGGGACGCACAUUGUUAGCGGUAGCAGAGGGGGGAGUGUUUACACACAGCCAGGGAGGCGUGGCAGUCAGUAGACAGCAGCCACGGUUAACGGGCUACGCCGGGGCCCCUGUGGUGCCUCUGCUGCCUCAGUUUCAGACAGAACAUGUUGGGGAUUCCUCUCAGGAGGAACAGCCACAUCACACUUACACUUCCACUCCUCCAUAAUCAUGUAAAGCCUUGUGAACCUGGACGGUGUGAAUCUUCCCUCACACAGGAUCUUCAUGCUUCUGUCAGAUGAGGAUCAUGAGAAGAGGUCGUCUGUGUUUGCUGGUGCAGAAUGUGACCUGCAUCUCUGCUGACAAAGACUUUGGUUUCAGUGAACAUUCCUGUUUUAAUCCAUCUCCUUUAUCAAACUCACCAAAGUGCUGCACAGUGGCAUACGCCGACGGACAUUUGCAUCAUGUUUUUACAUAUUUUAAAUAUUUUAAACAGUGUUUAGUUGACAUCUCAGCUAAUAUGGAAGCUGUUUUUACGCUUGCAUCAGACAGACUGUGACAAAUCUGUUUCAGUGAAAUCAAUUCUCAGCAUUUCUGACUAAUUAAUUUCUCAAACAGUAGAUCAGUACACUUGAAAAAAAUGAUUACUUUAGUACAGUUUUAUAUAUUUAAGAAAAUGUUGGUAAUACUGUGAUGUUGUAUUGGUCAAGCUCCCAAUAAAUAACUCCAGACUGGA